AUGCAGGCACUGCCGGCACGCAGGAAGGGAGGCAGGAAUACAGGCACGCAGGCUCUGCCGCCACUCAUUGCAAAAAGCAAAAUGGCCGCUUUGUGGAAGCAGCAGGUGGAUGCCUUGUUUGCACGUGAGGGGCCCUUCGUCUGCGGCCCAGAGGACGUGUCGCGCUCCAUCUGGCGCCUGGGCAAGCUAGCCGGCGAGGAUGCGGUUUCACUGGUCCGCGACGUGAUGGAGGUUUUGGAGCAGAAGGCGAAAGCCAGGCACUCCGGCGCUCGCAAAAAGCUUCGGACAGGGACCCGAGCCCGUUCGGCUCCCACGGGGGCCUCGGAGCCGACGGCAACGACCGGAGUCCGCCGGGUCCGUCGGCCGCGUGCCAAAAGAGCCGCGGCCACAGCGGCGGCGUUGGCGGCUCAGGAAGAGCCUUUGGCCUGA